CUAAACCAAUCAGUGACACUUAUCUUUCUCUCUCUACAGCCUCAACUUUCUUUCUCUCUUCUUAAAUUUAAAUAAAUAAUUAAAAAAAAUUAGUGUACAUUUUGGUUGGAGAGUGGUGCCUUUAUUCUUUUGUUGGGAAUUUUGAUUUCUAGAAUUCCCGGCGACGAUCCGUUUGAGAUUGGGGGCGCAUCGAGAUCGGAUCGAGGGCCAAAUUUAGAAAUGGAAGUAGUGUUUUAAGAUGGAAAUGGUGUUUUGAUGUUUAAUUUGAUAAUGUGAAGAUACAAUGUAAAUCUUAGACUCAUGGGGAUUUGCUUUAGUAUUGAACAUCAAAUUCAACAUGAACAACAACGGCAACAACCACAAUCUUCUAUUGUUAGGCCCAAUGGUCAAGGGAAUGGUUCUGUUUCUACAAAAACUGAAUCAGCAAGGCAAGAAUCAAUAGGGAUGAAAAGUUAUAGCAGUGGUACAAUGACUCCUAAGAAUGUCAAUGAACUCCGCCAAAAUCCGGGAUAUACUAAUGUUGAUAUGUUUACAUAUGAGGAGAUGAGAUCGGCCACCAAGUCCUUCAGACAGGACUUUAUUCUUGGAGAGGGAGGAUUUGGAAUUGUAUAUAAAGGAGUUAUAGACGAGAGUGUGAGGCCAGGUUACCCAAUAACACAGGUUGCCAUUAAAGAGCUUAAUCGCGAAGGUUUUCAAGGUGACAGAGAGUGGCUGGCUGAAGUCAACUAUUUAGGACAACUUAGUCACCCAAAUCUUGUAAAACUCAUUGGGUACUGCUGUGAGGAUGAGCACAGGAUAUUAGUCUAUGAAUAUAUGGAAAGUGGUAGCCUGGAGAAACAUCUUCUUCGCCGCAGAGUUGGUUGCACUUUGACUUGGUCAAAAAGAAUGAAGAUUGCUUUAGAUGUAGCAAAAGGACUGGCUUUUCUUCAUGGUGCAGAGAGAUCUAUCAUAUAUCGCGAUUUCAAAACAUCAAACAUCUUGCUGGAUUUGGAUUUUAAUGCAAAACUUUCCGACUUUGGCCUUGCAAAGGAUGGGCCUAUGGGCGACCAGACCCAUGUGUCAACACGAGUAAUGGGCACAUAUGGUUAUGCUGCUCCUGAGUAUGUGAUGACUGGACACUUGACAGCACGAAGUGAUGUUUAUGGUUUUGGGGUUGUGCUACUUGAGAUGCUUCUAGGAAGGAAAGCAGUGGACAAGAGCAGACCUAGUCGAGAACAAAAUCUUGUUGAGUGGGCACGCCGACUUUUAAACCAUAAUAAGAAGCUGUUAAGGAUUUUAGACCCUAGAAUGGAAGGACAGUACUUGGUUAAAACUGCAAUGAAAGUGGCCAAUUUGGCAUACAAAUGCCUUAGUCAAAACCCCAAAGGGAGGCCUGCCAUGAACCAAGUAGUUGAAUUACUCGAGAGUGUUCAAGCACCGGAGGGAAAUGCCGAAGAAGCAUUGCUUCAAAAUGGUGGCUGUGUAACCCUGUAUGAAGUUCCAAAACACUCUACUCAAAGUUCUAAAGUGGAGCGCAGUGAGUCCUGUAUUGAUAGUAAUAGAGGCACGGAAAAGGAACAAUCCUGCUAAUGGAAGGAGUACGAGUGAGCCUUCAAAUGAUUGUAAUCUUUACAUCCCCUCCGAUUCUCUUGCCAAGGUCGAAACAACCAGUGAGAAAUUAGCUUUGGCAAGAAGUUGAUUUUGUACCAUAAAGUAUGGAUUGAAGUUGAAGUUGCCACUGUAAAAGAUAUUUCAACAGGUCUGUGCCAUGGGUGGUCUGAAAAUCUACUUACUGUAAAAGAGUUUAAGCUUUUGCAUAGGUUUUUUAUGUUUAUCGAAUUGUCCUCUUGUAUUAUCCGCUUACACGUCCCAAAUUUGCCCCCACCCUUUUGUAUGAUUUUUGAGGUUAAGCAUUCUGCUGUUGUAAUAUUUUUAUUACAAACAAUAAAAAUGAACUUAAACUGA